CUUUAUGAUUACUGUCCGCUGAUAGGAUGGUCGGCACGGCCAUUUUCAACUUACACGAUAAGAAGCAACAUUGUUUUGAACAAUAUCGUGGUGUUUUAGUUAGUGAAGUGUUUGCAAUACUUAUAGAUUAAGCCAGCCUAUUUCAAACCCAUGUCAACUAACAACACUUGGAGCGGAAGCCCAGCUUACCAGGGUGCUUCAUGGAUCCCUCAGCCAGCGCCUUGGGAGUACAUCCCCAAAUGGCCAAUUCCCAUCACUCCUCAGCCCAGCCCAGCCACAUCACCCACGAGAAGCGAGAUCCACUUAGAUUUGGCGGGGAAUAGUGGCUCUUUACAGGCACGCUACGAGAACACAAAGGACCAAGAAACCCUGACAGAACAGAGCCAGUCGGAAGACGAGGAACACCCUGUACUGUACAUAGAUCUACCAGAACCCGGCAACAGCGAUGUGACUCAGAGGAUCGGGCAACAAACAUCAGCGUCAUCUCGCCCCGUUCGGCCAACUGAUCUGCCCAUAAGACCACGUGGAAACAAGGUGGACUUGGAUGAAAACCCAGUAGUUUACAUCGACCUUCCAGAGACGAGCAACAGCGACGUCUGUGAGCCAAGGCGUGCCGAGACUGAAGAAAAUCCUCCGUUCAUUCAGGAUACAAUAUUUUAUGAUCAAUUCAAGGACAGAAGGAUACAAAUGCCGAAUACACCCAUAGACCAGAACAAUGCCAGCACGUUUAGCAGCUUAUCCUCCGGGGAAUCUCUACCUUCGCAGAGACUGUUAAGUCUACAGAAUAAUUUAAAUUCACCAUCACCAGAAUAUGCAGGCAACACUGCAACAUCACAGAGUCUACCAUCGCCCACUGAGUUUGGAUCCAUCAGUGGUCACCAGGUCACCCCUGACGAGCACCGGUUCCCGCCGCAUCAACAGAUACCCUACCCAGAUCCCCCGCCCCCUUAUUCCCCUGUAAACUCCCAAGUAGUGACGCAGCCACCAAUGACUACACCAACAAUGACUGGAAUGCAAGAACAUUCCCGGACUAUUUUCAUCACCGAAGGUAUGCCACAGAACUUGAGAACGCAAGCUCCAAUAAGCAGGAAGUACAUGUUCUGCCAUCACUGCAGAUUCAACAUCAACAGUCUGGUGAUACAUGAAACAGGAUGUAUGACACAUAUAUGGGCUAUCAUCUUGAUGACGUUUGGAUUGUUCCCGUUCGUUAUUCUGAUAUAUUGGGCCAACUGGUGCAAGUACAAGAACCACUACUGUCCGCACUGCCACAAGAAGAUAGCAUACGUCAGACCUUGUGGAUGUGAACGGAUCACUGUGAUUAAAUAAACAUUCUUUAAUACA